ACACGAAAUUUGAGAAAACUUAUUUACCUUUUAAUCUUCUAAUCUAUCAAUGACGUCAAGAGCAAAAUCACUUUUCAUUUUCUUCUUUCUCAUUUCUUGUACUUUCAUGUUGCUCGAGACCGAUGCAUCAAGAAAUAAGCUUAGUAGCUAUAUUCCGUUGUGCGGAUCGAACACUUAUUGUGGUGGCCUAUGGUGUCCUAAAAAAGGAGGAAAGUAUUCAUGUAUCAGUAUGAGUUGUGACAUUCAGGAAGAUUGUCCAAAACUUGUUCGUUGCAAAAACUCUCCAGGUCCUUAUUGUAUGGAAGGAUUUUGCACUUGUUAAAAAAGUGCUUUGUUUUCUUAUAGUGCAUUAAUUAAUGAAAUAGAAUAUUUUAUUGGGUAAUCCAUUUCCCAAGCCUUAUAGUCGAGAUAUGAAUAUAAU